ACUGUUUGUUAUUACUAAUCAUUGCUUUAUACAUCAGUUUUUGCUGGUAAUCAUGCAUUUUCUUCAUGUUCUAUAUUGAAGAGGACCUCUAAUUAACACAGCUUGGUAGUUUCUGGCACUUGGUGCCAUGAAGUUGACUGUGACAGACCUAAUACUGGGAGAAAUAAGACCUACAAAGGAGCAUUAGGAUCGGUUUUAGGUUAGGCUUUGGAUAAGGGUUAAGGAUAGGCAUUUAGUUGUGACUGUUGAGAUCAGGGUGCAAGGUUUGGGAAUGCAUUGUGCCAACCAGUGUCCUCACAAAUACAGUAAGACCAGUGUGUGUGUCAGCCUAAUUGGGCUGAAUUUCACUGAGCAACAAAAGAUCAGGCUCGAAAAGUCCAGGUCUGGUUUGUACAGGCUUUGCUUUGUUGUCCCUUCACCUCCGUUUGUUCUCUUCUAAUGCUGUGUCAACAGUUAUUUCUCUCUCUCUCCCUCUCUCUCUAUUUGUGUUUCUUGCGGUCUUGCUCUCAUUUUCCCUCUCUUCUUCUGUGUGACCCAUGAAAUGCUUUUGCCCCAAAUGAAGCACGGUUACUCCAACGGCUCAGAGGUAGGGAAACCCCUGUGGCCAAAACCUGCGAGGGUCUUUACACUCCCAUAUACCUCUUUUUCACACACAAGCUGCAGGAGCCUGGGGGGUGUCCACAAUGAACCUCAGACCUUCAGCGGUGACUGUUCUCACUGUCUCCAGUUAUGGGAAGUUUGUUGUGUGCCUCAGCCCUGAGCCUGGACCGGAGCUUUUGGCUGAAUUUUUCUGCUGACCCUGAGGCAGGAUAGAGUUUUGGGAUAGGAUGAUCGAGCAGCAAAGCACUGACGAUGGAAGCAGUGGUGGUCACACUGAUGUGCUGAGCGCAGAGAAGCUGGAGUGUAAGAUCUGCUAUUGCACGUACAACUUGGGGAGUCGAAGGCCAAAGGCACUUGAGUGUUGCCACCAUCUGUGUGCCAAGUGCUUUGCUAAGAUCCUGAACCUAGGUGAGUCACCUCCCAGCGCUGUGGUGUGCCCGUUCUGCCGCUGUGUCACCAGACUAUCAAGGGAAGCAUUGAGCAACCUACCAGAUGAUAUCAACCUGGUGGCGGUGCUGGCUUUCCAAAGCAGGAACCAGAGGAACCUGCACUUCCACCAGGAGGUGACCACAGAACCGCUCCUUGGCCCCAGCCGGCUGAGCUCGUUGAUGAGUAGCAACCAACCUGUGACAUCCUGUUCUUCAUCUUCCUCAGCAUCUUCCUCCACCACCUACUCCUCCCUCCCGGGCUCCCCUAACUUUGUGGUCAUCACCAUCAUGGAGCCUUCAUCUGCCUCAACCCAGGAUCUCCACCUCCACCACCAGUCCCAUGAAUCGCAUGCAUCAAACCAGGGCUUCCGCUCAUCCAGUCUGGACUCCAUGGAGUUGAUCACACAGAGGUGGACGGUGUUGAAUUGUGCAGCCCUCCUGUCCCAGACCUUGGCCCGGGCACUGGUGUGGGUGCUGGGGCUGCUGUACUUCAGCUCGCUUCCCAUGGGGGUUUACCUGCUCAUGAUACAAAGGACCACACUCGGGGUAAUGCUGGUGAGCCUGGUUCCUGCCAGCCUUGUCAUGGUCAUGGUUUAUGGAUUCUUCCUGUGUAUCUGCCAUGAGUUCUGGGACAUGCCUCCGUAAUGAGACCAGAUGGGUGAUAGUUUGCUUUGAGUAUGCUUGACAAUAGAGCUCCAGAAUUCACUAAUGGGGAUGUCACUGUUACCGAGAAUGUGAACUUUUACUUUAAUGGCAUAAAAAUGCUAAUUUUCUUUACUAGAAAAGAGAGUGACAGCAUUGUGUACAUUACAAAUGGAGUUCACCACUACAAGUACACGUUAAUAUCUCCAUGUUUAGUUUGACAGCUAGCUAUUUACCCAGCAGAGCUUACAUCAUGCAUAAUACUGUUGUAGUGAGAAACCUGAAGGAACGUAACUGUCUCUGACACCCCUGGAUCUAAUUUGUUAUCUAACAGUGGUUCUCAGCCUUUUCAGAUUUAAACACCAGAGGGUGCUGUAACAGCUUCCCUUCUCCUUUCUCUUGGGACGUCCUGUCCCGUCAGUUUAAAUCCAGUGUCUUCAUUCAUUCAGUUAGUGAGUGCCUGUGUUAAAUGAGUCUGAUGACCCUCAUAAUAACUGAUGAUACCCCACUGCUUCACAAAAUUCUCUGUCUCUAUGUGUGUUAGUUAAAACAGAAACUCCAGUUUUAAAAGAAAUAAAUUGAGGGGAUGUUUCUUUGAAAAUCUAAUGAAACUGUCUAUCUCUCAUUGUUUGCUACUGUCCCUGGAUCAGAACAACCUUCUGUUUCCCCACUCUUUGUGUGUUGUGUAUGUAUCAGUUGGCAAUUAGCAAUUUAUUUAUAAAUCAACCACACAAAAUGUAGGACUAUGCAUCAUGUAAGCACAAAACAACCUGGCAUAAUAUAACUAGAUGUUGUUCCUCAAGAAUAAAUAUCAAUGCAGGCGUGCUUUACUAAGAAUGAAGUUUUCUCAAAAAAAGCACAUAAGUUCACUCGUGACAUAACUUCAGAAAACAAUCCUGAUCGGUGGAAGUGGUGAGAUUAUUUACUCGGGUAAAAGCACAAAUUCAUUAAUGUAAAAAUGAUUCAUUUCAUAUUCCAGCUGUAAAAAUCACACACUCUACAAAAACAUAGAUCCUGAUAUUAAUAUGUUGUUAUAAAUUACAUGAUUAGAUUGUUAAUACUGAUGCAUCAAGGUGUCAUUUACAGUAGUAGCUGCUUGAGGUGGAGGUAGCUUUAACUUCUUUAUUUCUUUAUGCAAACAGUUGUUACAGUAGAGGGGUGUGAGAUGAUUAAUGAGGAAGGGAAGAAUAUAACACAAAUGUUACAUCAAUCGGUAUUUAGUAAACCUUUCUCUCAUCUUUGCUUUUAUGUAAAAUGAUAUAGAAUUUUAUCUCUUUCAGCUUCCUAUAGUUAUUUAUAUUUAACCAUCUAAGAAGUUCAUCAAUCAUGCAAACUACUGAGACAUCUGAAAUUUGUCAAGUUGUAGUGGGUCACAAAAAAGGUUGUCAACAACUGGUUUCAUCUGUAACAACAUGUUGGUUUUUAUAAGUUCAGUUGUUUUCUUUGUUUUUCAAUGUAAGAUCUUACACUGAAAAAUAAGUGGUAACUAUAGCUGUCAAAUAAAUGUAGAGGAGUAAAGAGUAAACAAGUGUAAAGUUUCAAUUAGUAAAAAUAUUCAAGUCGAGUACACCUACCUCAAAACUGUACAUAAGUAAGCAAAUGUGAUUUCCUUCACUGGUCUGGAAUCCAGGACUUUAACUUGCACUGCACUGAUAUUAAAAUGUAUUAUUUCCGGUUUCAAAUAUUUGUUCCGUCACUGUCAUGAUGCUGUUGAACUCCACUCGACCAGUCAUCCAAGCCGGGUAAAAACAAACUGAGGAUCUGGUCCCAGUACACUGUGUCCUUGUGCUGCUUCUGCAGUACGUCUCACUGAUGAUAAACAGUCCAGGCCUUCUACCAGUGUUUUCCACAGGACUCUGAAUCUGAAUCUGAGCGAG